GGUGUGGACAUAAAAGAGGGCUGGGUAUAAGUGGGCGUAGGAGUUGUUUCUUAUGUUUGUGCAUUUAGACUCGCAGCUUGGAAUUAAGAUCAUUGACAGCAGGAGGAAAAGGACGUUGAAGAGACACACAGCCGUCUAACAGAAAGUCAUCAUGCUGGUUCUCGUCGCUCUCUCGGUUCUGCACCUCGCAGCCAUCAUCCUGCUGCUGGUGGCGACCAUUGACAAUGCCUGGUGGGUAACUUCUACCACGAGCACCGACGUGUGGGGGCGGUGGGUGUUGACAGGCAACAAGUGGAACUUGACCGAUCUCCCCACCAGCUAUCCAGCAGACUACCUCCAGGCAGUGCAGGCCACCACCGUGCUCGCCUGCAUUUUCUCCAUCAUCGGCCUCUUCGUGUUUAUCGCUCAGCUCUUCACCCUGCCGAAGGGAAACAGGUUCACCGUCUCCGGCGUCUUCCAAGUCCUCGCCUCUCUGUUCAUCAUGAUCGCAGCGUCCAUCUACACGGACCGUUUCCACGUCAACGAGAGCAGCAUCGGUAACUACGGCCACAGCUUCAUCCUGGCGUGGAUCGCCUUCGGUUUGACGUUCAUCUCCUCCAUCGUUUACUUUGUGCUACGCAAGAAGUAGCGUGGAGCAAGUUGGACACUGGAUCACACUCCACGUUGUUUGUGUUUUUGUCUAUUUUUUAAAAAAAGAUCUACUCUUUCAGCUACAAUCCUGUUUUUUUUUUUUUUUUUUGUUCCUUCAUUAAAUUGAUGCUGCUAGUAUAAAAACAACAGACCUGUGGAUAUUUUCACAUACACUUAACGUUUGACCGAGUUUGCCUUCAGACGGUUCCUUCGACUAAUGAAGCAGGAGUCGAACUCAGUCGACUGCGGUCGUGUCCAAGUGUGUUUUCAGCCCGGAGUCGGGCUGGCUUUCUUCAGGGCAUCUAAGGAUACGUUUUUUAAUUUUUUUUUUUUAUUAUUUUGUUCAAGCUGAACAGAGAAAUCCUUCAGGUUUACGAUAAAUUCGAACUUAAUGAUUAGUUUUUCGUCGAGUAAGCCACUAUUUUCAAAGAGAUCAAGUGCUCGACUGGCAGCAGUAAAACGAUGAUCAAUAAAUAUUCAAGUGUGUUUUUUUAAAAUGUACUUUUACAUUUAUGAAUAUGUAUGUUACAGUAGAUUUUAAAAAAGGGUAUUUUGUUAUUUUCUUUGAUAUUUUUUGCAUUAUUUUAUUGUUAGUUUAUCAAUUUUCUACUAUCUUCUCUAAUAAAAAGACGUUCUCUUACUUUAUAAUGUUGAACUAAUAUGAUCGAAAAGGCCUUAGAUUAAAUUAUGCUCCUCUAAAAACAUCAUAGAUAUUGGAAUAAGAGAUAUUUGUAAUUAGGAGAGACUAAAUAUUCUGGAAGCGAAGUUAUCGGCGCCACAGAUUCACGUCAAUUUUAGAAAAAUCCAAACUUCGUGCGGAAACACCGUUAAAAUUUUUCCACCAGCCGUGUUCCCACAAAGGCAACCGUUUGAGUAAUGAAGCGAAAGACAUGAUGUGUAAAUAGGAUUUCUUCCCAACAAAGCUCCGUGUGUCUGAUGUUUAUUUUUGCUACAUGAAUGAUCUUUACAGUGAUUUUUGAAAUAAAACUUUUCAUUCA